AUUCAUGAAUCAUGACCAACGGCGAGUGCAAAAAAGACUGCACAUCCCCCCAUUCUACAGGUUAAAGAUGCCUCAGCAUAGCGUUCUAUUGGUCAACUUCGCACUGGUACAGUAGCCGCACAAGCGGGCAGCGUUCUAGGCCAUUGGCUGAUCAGAGAAACAGGGGCUACAGAAGGAAAUUAGGACGAGAAGGAACAUGAAGCCCAGUGGCAGCGACGAUAAAAUCCCAAGUAGCAGACUGGGGGUUCUAGGUUCUCACUUUUCUUCUGUAUCUGCCAUGGCUUCCGAGAAGGAAGCUGCCCUUGCAGCUAUUCCAUCUGAUUCUCCAACCAUAUUUGAUAAAAUCAUAAAUAAAGAAAUCCCUUCUACUGUGGUUUAUGAAGAUGAUAAGGUUCUUGCAUUCAGGGACAUUACUCCACAAGCUCCCACACACAUCGUAAUUGUCCCCAAAGUUAAGGAUGGGUUAACAGGUCUCUCAAAGGCUGAGGAGAGGCACUGUGAUAUUCUUGGUUACCUUCUUUAUACUGCCAAGCUAGUUGCUAAACAGGAAGGCCUUAAUGAUGGCUUCAGGAUUGUCAUCAAUGAUGGGCCCAAAGGAUGUCAAUCUAUCUAUCACAUUCAUGUUCACCUUCUUGGGGGACGACAAAUGAACUGGCCACCUGGCUAAUGUGUUCCACUCUGGAAGGGCAGAUAAGUGUUGCAUAAAUAGAACCUUGAACAUUUCCCUUUGCUUAUACUGGUCUGAACAGUAAUAAACUGUAGGUUGUGGCCACUUUUGUUCGACUUUUCCCUUUGUUUUCAUGAAAUGACUGAUGGCUUCUACGAGGACAUGAACACUUUAAUUCCCAACUCCCCAAAACACAUAUUCUCUUCGAUAUUGCGGUUACUACAUUAGUGCAUUGUUGUCCAUUGUUGGAACUCAA